ACAUUGGUGGGCUCCCAGUCCUACACGGCCUGGAGGAGCUCUGACAAUCCAUGCAGGCUGAUACCCACCAACAACGCUCUGGUCAGAGAAGAUGGUCCCAGCAGAGAGAAAGGUGUCGCAGGAAAUGAUCGGCAACACGGGAAAAGCGGCGGAAAACAACAGCUUCAUCCGAACCAUGGACACCACAAUGGCCUGCAAAUCAGAGUAUUGCAGUUUAAAGAUGCUUUACUCGCUUCAAAUCCCCCUAUUGAAGGAUUCGACGAGACUGUUUUCGUUGAACCUGCUCGACUGCAUGUCACAUUAGGGCUCAUGCACUUGGAGAAGUCCAACUAUGCCAAUGUGGCUAAUAAAAAAGGGAUAAAAACUGUACAACAGGCUCUGGAUCUACUGAGCAGCCUUCGACCUGAAAUAGUCAAGAUAGUCGGAGCUACCAAAGCUUCGAACACGACAGGAAGUGCUGGUAGUAAAGCAGGAGGAAUACCUGUUAACUUGGAUACAAUGGGAACCUUGAAUGAAGACAAGAAUGACACCGCCCAUGUACUUUGGAUCGGACCGGAGGCAAGGCGUGGGCUUCAGAAAACCACGCUGGAAAGGGUAGCUGCAAUUGUCAAUGACGCCUUUAGACGAGAGGGAUUCAUCACCGAAACUCGACCUUUGAAGCUACAUUGUACAAUCAUCAAGACAUCUCAAAGAAGAAUUAAAAGACCGGGUGAGCGUGACACCAGCCGUACAAGACGUUCCGAACAAUAUGGGCUCUCAAGACGUGGUAUAUUCAAAUCAAAGGCUUACAAGGACCUGAAUACAACCGCCCUAAAGUCGCCUUCUCUGUUUAAUUUCACAUCGACGCCUCAAAGAUCGGAUUUUGGCACGUGGAGUGUGGAUGAAAUCCAAUUGUGUCUUAUGGGUCCCACGGAUCCCGACACUGGUGCAUACACCUCAGUUGGAGGCAUCAAAAUCUGA